UUAAUACUCUAAUUCCGACGAGUCUUAAUAAUCAAACUUAUCUAAUUUUUUUUACAAAAAAUAUUACCUGUCAUUUUUGUAAUGCUAUAAUAGAAGCUGCCAAAAUCUAAAACCAAUUAGGUGUUCAUCUUUCUCUUCACUUGAAACAAAAAGAAAAAUGAAAGCUCUUACCUUAAUCUUCACAUUCUCCAUAAUUGUUGUUUUCUCACAGGUAACACCAACAAUGGUCACUCGAGAUAAACCUCAAAUCAACCAACCUUCCAUGCUUAAUGAUAUCAAUUCACAAAGUAGUAGCUGCAAUUACCUGGUCACCAUAAAAACAAGCUGCGAUUCUCCAUUAAAUACAACAGAUCAAAUUGAUAUUGUAUUUGGAGAUGCUGAUGGCUCUGAGGUAUUUUCUCCAAGACUGGAUGAACCAGAUUCAGGAGCAUUUGAGCAAUGCACAACGGUUUCAUUUGAGAUAGAAGGAAAAUGUCUUAAUAAAAUAUGCAAACUUUAUCUAUAUAGAAGGGGUUCAGAUGGUUGGUUACCAGAGCUUGUCACUGCAUAUGACUAUCUUGCCCUUCCUGUCCCUUUUUAUUACAACACUGACAUUCCUGAUGAUGGUGUUGGCUAUGGCUUCGACUAUUGUGCUUAAUUUAAUUAUUACUAUUAUUAUUGUUCAUUAAUAUGGUCAUGAUAUAUAGAACAAACAUACGCUUCAAAUAAGCUUGCUUCUAAUAUGUGUUUUAUGUACAUAAGUAAGCAACUUAUAAAUAAAUGUAUUGCUUUAUAAAAUAUGAAUGAUCAAUAACAUUAUCUUCUCUUAUA